AUGACAAUGUACAGAUACGCAGCUUUUGCCUUGCUGGCGCUCCGUGCUGUUGGCGUGCUUGCUGCAGAAGAGGCAGAAGUACCCGUCGAUACACCAGCACAGACUCCAAACCUCGCAGUCUCGGUGUCUGCAUCCUUCCCAUCUGCCGAAGUCUUUGGUGUGAAAUUGAUCAAUGGGCACGCAACCCAAGCUCUCCUAGACUUCACCAACAGCGAGCCAGAGCCCGUACAAAUUGCUCUGGUCGGCGGCGCAUUAUCUACUCUGCGACCAUUAGCAAAGGGAGCUCAUCCAAGCGCUUUGAUUGUAAAGAAUAUCACGGCUACGAAAUAUGAUUUGGAGUUGCCAGCCGGAGAGAAGGCUAGCUUGCCAUUUACUUUCACGACCGAUUUACACCCGGCGGAUUUGAGAUUGAAUUUGAUCGCAGUGGUGACGAGCAAGGCGGGGACUGUUUACCAAGUUCAGGCUUUCAACGAGACUGUUACUGUUGUCGAUGCUGCUACCAGCAUUUUCGAUCCUCAGAUGCAAUAUCUUCUUACCUGGAUCGAGACUCUCUUCCCACAAACAAAGCGGGGCGGUAAGGGUGGAGAGAGAGCUAAGCGUUCAUCUGGUGGCUCUAAAAAGGCUGUUGAUCCCAAGGACCAGGUCUCAGUUAUUGGCGCCGAUGGACCAGCUGUUACUACCGGUGCUCUCGCCCAGAAGGCUUAUGAUGAGAGCUGGAUUCCAGAGGGACAUCUUAACAGACCAGCUGCCAAGCGCGUCAAGAGUGGCGCUUCUUCCAAGAUGAAGUAA